AUGUUGCUCGUCGAAGGCAAAGAUGAGCAAAUCUUGACCUCUCCCUCCGAUCGAAACUUCAGCAGUUCCCCUGGAUCUCGACUACUACGCCCGGGCCGCAACAAAUCGCCCAACCACACUCCUGUCUCCCCCGCCCUCAUCAAGGGUGAUUUGCACUUCAAUGUCCUACCACCCCUAUCAGCCCGAGCCAUAGCUGAAUGGGGACCAUCGCCGACAGGAACACAUUUCAGUUCCCAAGAUCUUGCUAGUCCACACCAGAACAAUCGGUCAAAAUCAGAUCAUCUAGAACCGUCGCAUGAAGAUAGCACUGUCGCUGAUAUGCCCUCAUCAGCUCCAUCAAGCGCUUUUUUACGCCCCAGCUUCCAUUCCCAGUGCCAGACAUCGGUCACUUCCCCCCCUGCCACACCAUUCACGCCUCUCACGCCCGGACCAUAUAGCUCGCCACAGCACCGCGAAGCCACUCGAGACCAACGCCGCCCAUCUCUCAAACAUCGCAAGGUUCGACAUCGCCCCACCCCACUCCAACUCUCUCCUCAGCCAUUGGAAAUUGGGCAUAAGCAAUCUCAAGAUUUUAGCGGCAUUAAGAAGCUUCACAGCGUGCGUUUUGCUGAUGGUUCUCCCAUGCGUGGUUCAACCUGGCACUUGAAUCAAUACCCCGAGCGACUUGCUUCACCUCCCAUCUCGGCAGCGAACUUGACACUUGCCGAUCUAGUCGAAUUGGAAUCUAUCAAGCAAUCUCUGGGAACUUGGUGUGGUGAAAUGAUGGGCUCUUUUAUUCGUAGCUCCUCGCUCUCGGACUCGCAAGACCAAAUUGAUACUUCGUCAGACGCCUAUUCUCAAUCCGCUGACAUUAUGCGGUCACCGACUCUCAGCGAUGCUGAUUGGAAAGCCCGAUGGCCUAUUUCACCCGCCUUUUCAGAUUGUGACAGCGAGAUUUUUGAAGGCAUGCAUUGA